AUGGCCCAGGUGGACUUGGCCGCUGGUCGGUCCGAUCGAGCUUGUACAGGCAUCGGUCUAGGUCUUCGUAUCCUUCAAUCAGCAGGCCUGCAUAGAAGGGAUGCAUACACUUCGCUGAUGAACAGUGACGAGAUCGAAGAGCACAAGCGCAUUGCAUGGUCUUUCUUUAUGCUGGACAGGCACUAUAAUGCUUCUCGGACCUACUCCCUCGCUCUGGCCGACAAACACUUUACGCUCCCAUUCCCAUCAAGUAUAAGGAUAGGGGCGGAGGGCUUCUUAAAUAUUGGCAUAUUGCACUACAGGCCAGGAAUAGCGGCGAAUAGCAUUGAUCAGGGCAUUCUAUCUUGCCUCAUACGUCUCUCAUCCAUAUGGGGUAAGGCCACUGAGUAUAUUUUCGAACCUCUCGAGGCGACUGCUCAACCGCCGUGGCAGUCAGGAACCGCGUUGGCGGUUCUAGAGUCCGACUGGUUGCAGUUCCAGACACAUUUCGCAGAUGCACAUCGUUACAUGAACGUCGAUUUUCGACGGCGUGCUCGAGAAGAACCCUCCUCUCGUGCCUAUUUGUCGACCUGGCUUUGCGUCCAAUUCCUGUUUCACUCUCUACAAGGCUUUCUACAUCAUCCUUUUGUCGUUAGCUCGAAAUUGCGUGCGGUGGAAGGAAAUAUACCGUCCACAUUUUUGCAGAAGUGCUAUGAAAGUUCUCUCAUUCACUCUAGAUGGAUCGCUCGUUUUGUACGGGAAAUGACUGAGGUGGACAUGCGACUUCAGGAUCCCUUCAUUGGGUACCUUUGUGCUAUUGCUGCUACGAUCCAACUCGAGCACACGGUCGGCAACAAUCAAAAAGUCUCUCGUUUAGCAAAGAAGGAUUAUCGCAUUCUUGUGGAUUAUGUGAUUGGGAUGUCUGCACAGUGGGAGAACAUGAGAGUCUUGGUAUACAACCUCCCUUCUACUCGACUGAACGAACUAUCAUUCAGACGCCGAAAAUAUGGCUCUCUCUAUGAGAACCAAGAACAGUUUUCAGGAAUUCUCCCACGCAUGCCGACCUCGACCGAGUUGCCUCGAAUGUCUGCCGAGGACGAAGCUCUCAUGUGGGAUAUACUCGACUUCAAUUCUUCCUGUAGCUUUGCGCAAGCUUUCUCUCUCGGAGGCCUUACCUCUCACAAUCGCAUCGCUGGUUCUCAGGUCUUAGAUCAAGGCGAACAUGCGCCUCCGACCCAGGACCAGCAAGCAACGUUCGUCCAGCCAUUUUCAAUCCAGGGCAUGUCCUCUCUCUUCGAGACAGCUAUGGAUCCCAGUCCAGAUGCCUUUUUGCCGGAUGGUGACGACCCUGGGUUAUCGCUGUCUGACACCACAGACUGGCUUCUUUUUCGUGGUUAUCUUGGAGAGCAGCUAUGA